CGUUUGCCAUAUUAAGGCAAGCUGUCAUGCCACGGUCUCCUCCGAGGGGCAGCCGCCUGUUAACUUAACCCUUUGCUUUAGGUUGACUUACAGACAUCUGGACAGUUACCGGACAGCGCUGGCUGAGAUUUGUAGGACAUUGCCGGUGUGAAUGAUCACACGCACUAUUUUAAUGGCACCUGUGUGUGUGUGUGCGAGCCUGCUGUACUCAGCGGAAUACCGUUCUAAAUACGGGAAGGUAAUGCGCAGUUGAGAGUGAGCAGGAAAAAGAGGAACGAGUAAUUGGGGGGGAGCGGGAGUGUGAAAGAGAGAGAGGGAGAGAGAGAGAGAGAGAGAGAGAGAGCGAGAGAGCGGGAGCGACGGAGCGAAAGAGAAGGAAAAAGGGGCAGGCGUUCUUAAAAUGCUGCGGAGGCCAGAUCACAAAUAAAACAUAAAAAAAGCGAGAGGAGGGGAGAAAAAAGACUGGGGGUGGGGGGUGUGCGUGGCGCAAAUCGAAGAUCGACUCACUGGAGCCCGGAGCGCAGCCUCGUCGAUUAAGCCCGCAAGCCUUUUCGGGGAUUUUUUUUAAAAGCAUCUCUUUUCCUAUUGUUAUUUUUGUUUUGUUUUUUUCGAAAUUCUCUUUUUCAUUGCUGUUUUACUCUUCCUUCUUGGCUGGAACAAAGGCGGGAGGAGGGAGCAGUGAGGGAACGGCCAGAGCCCCGCGAGGAAGGAGACGCCGAGAGUUUGGGCUCGCGCUGGAGACGUACCCCUGCGGACGGACACCGAGCCGGGGGACGCACAAAAAAAGCAAAAGAGAACAAAAAGGCACCCUCCUGACCUUCUCCCCUCUGACCUGCAGAGGUUUCCGUGUGUGGGGGUGGCGGCUUUCCGUCUGCACGCCCCCCGCCCCCGGCCCCGGACCCCUCUCUAGGGGGCACUCUGGCCAGUGAUGGUGCAGCUGUGGACGGAGCGUAGGCUCGUGCGGGGAGUCUUUCCCUAGCUGAUGGGAGCGAGACUGAAAGCGAGAGAGGAGUAGGGAUUGGAGGGGCGGGGGUGGGGCACGGAGGAGGGGGGUGGAGAAGGAGGAGAAGGAGGAGGAGGAGGGAGGCUACCCCCAGGGCAAACUCUCAGAAUCGUCUUUUCUCCUCUUUUUUUAUUUGGCUGCCAUGUGUAACUCUUAAUCAGAAGAAUGUGGAGACAACAUUUUCCAGGUAUUCGGCCCCAGAUUAUGAAUGGCCCCCUGCACCCGCGGCCACUGGUGGCCCUACUGGAUGGGCGAGACUGCACUGUGGAGAUGCCCAUCCUCAAAGACCUGGCCACGGUGGCUUUCUGUGAUGCACAGUCCACCCAGGAGAUCCACGAGAAGGUGCUGAAUGAGGCGGUGGGCGCCAUGAUGUACCACACCAUCACGCUGACCCGGGAAGACCUGGAGAAGUUCAAAGCCCUGAGGAUCAUCAUCCGCAUUGGUAGCGGCUAUGAUAACAUCGACAUCAAGGCCGCCGGAGAGCUGGGGAUAGCGGUGUGCAACAUCCCUUCAGCGGCUGUGGAGGAGACGGCUGACUCCACGAUGUGCCACAUCCUGAACCUGUAUCGACGAAACACGUGGCUCUACCAGGCGCUGCGUGAAGGAACGCGUGUGCAGAGUGUCGAGCAGAUCCGGGAGGUGGCGUCCGGAGCCGCCCGCAUCCGUGGGGAGACGCUAGGCCUCAUUGGCUUUGGUCGCUCAGGGCAGGCAGUGGCUGUGAGGGCCAAGGUGUUUGGCUUCAACGUGAUCUUCUACGACCCAUACCUGCAGGACGGGCUGGAGCGCUCAUUGGGCGUCCAGCGUGUUUACACCCUGCAGGACCUGCUCUACCAAAGCGACUGCGUGUCGCUGCACUGCAAUCUCAACGAGCACAACCACCACCUGAUCAACGAUUUCACCAUCAAACAGAUGCGCCAGGGGGCCUUCCUGGUGAACACAGCGCGGGGAGGGCUGGUGGAUGAGAAGGCUCUAGCCCAAGCACUAAAGGAGGGUCGGAUACGUGGGGCUGCCCUUGAUGUCCACGAGUCAGAGCCCUUCAGCUUUGCCCAGGGACCUUUGAAGGACGCGCCAAACCUGAUCUGCACCCCCCACACGGCCUGGUACAGUGAGCAGGCUUCUCUGGAAAUGCGGGAGGCAGCCGCCACCGAGAUCCGCAGAGCUAUCACUGGGCGUAUCCCUGACAGCCUGAGAAACUGCGUCAAUAAGGAGUUCUUCGUCAGCACAGCCCCCUGGGCAGUGAUGGACCAGCAAGGAGUUCAUCCUGAACUCAAUGGUGCCGCCUACAGGUUCCCGCCGGGUGUGGUGGGUGUGGCUCCAGGCGGAAUCCCCGGGACGAUGGAGGGCAUGGUGCCUGGGGGAGUGCCCGUCACCCACACCCUGCCCUCGGGCACACACCCCUCACAGGCGCCCUCGCCCAACCAGCCUGCCAAGCACGGCGACACCAGAGAGCACCUAGCCGAGCAAUAGCAGUAGACCAGGAGCGUUCACACCGACACUCAAUCCGGGACCAAGGGACAGUGAACCAUAGCCCUUUGCCACUCAGCACUGGGGACCGCAACACGUUCCACGGAUUUGUACUUUUUUCUUUAGUUUCUUUUCACUUUUCUUCUUUUGGUCAAUAUUGCAACUCUUUUGGGAAUGCCAGUUUUUUCCCAUGGACGUUCUUUGACUGUUGUGUGCGCCUUGGGGGGGGACAGCUCUGGCCCUGACCCAUUCACGCCCUGUCUCACUGGACGACCUGCUUCGUGAUCAACCAGUCGAAGAGCUUGGAGAAACCAUGAUGUCAGACAUGUCACUGGACCCUGCCCCCUUCCCAACCUUAUACCUUUGCUGUAGAUUCAGUACUCCCUCCGAUCACAUCAAGUCAAUAUGUGGCUUUAAGUUCCUCUUCAAACUAUUGUUUCAAGCCCCCAAAGCAAUCUCUUUUUUCCUUCUUCUUUGUUGUGAAAGUAUGAAAUCUAAAAACAUAUUUUAAAAAGUAUAUAUAUUUAUCAGGCAAGAGAAAAAGGAAGAUUGAAAGGUUGCCCACAGCAGUGGCAAUUGACAGUGACCUUUAACCCUUUCCUGGCCACACCCUUUCACCUCUGACCUAUCUCACAUUUCUGAAUGCACUGUCAGCACCGAGGAGGUAAAUCUAUACAAGGGCAAUUUCUCUAUAUCCACAGUCUGCUUCUGACUGUAGAGAAAUUGCUGUUCAUUUCAAAAAGGAGAAUGUUUGCUGAACCUUAGCUAAACAUAUUGUAAGCUGAACUUUUUGGGGCGGGAGUGCAGUUCACUUGUAUUAACUGCAGCACAAUGGAUUCCUAUGAACAGCAACAAGUAAGAGUGUUCUUUCUAAACAUGGUUUGUAAGCAGUGGUUCUGUAAUUUAGCUCAACAGAACAUAGCUGAUUCAUACACAUUUUAUAUAGAACAAUUUGUGAUUCAAGAUGUAGCAGUUUAGCACCAUGUGACUGCAGGUAUUUACCUUUAUCAAACAAGUCAAUGUACCAUAGCAUAUACUUUCAAUGUAUUACUUUUUGGAAAAAAGGUAUCCCUAGGGAAUACUAGCAUAAGCAUCUGCUUAAUUAAAGGAGCUCAAUCCAGACAGAUAUCCUCAUUAUCUGAUUUCUCACAGGAGGCAGUACAACAGUGUAAUAGAUCUCCUGCCAUUUCUGGAUGAACAUUUCUCUUUGGUUUCUGUCAUACAUAUAUAAUAAUGAGCGUCACAGGAAAGGGUUAAAGCUAACUUGCUGACUCAGGAAAACCCAUUUUUAGCAGAUUUUUCUCUCCCCGAACCCCAAAUUUUGUCUGAGAAAAGUCUGGAAUAUUUUAUUUCUCCUUCCCUUCCCUUUUCACCUCCUUCCAUUGUGGUAUUUUUAUAUAAUGAACACAUCCCUUGUUUUUUGGUGUUUAAAGUUUUACAGAGUCUGUUAGAUUUGUAUUUCCUAGGUAAAUGUUCUUAUAAUCAUAGUCCCAUGUGUACCCUCUGCUUUACCCUCCUUUUCCCUGUUCUAUAAAAGGCCAGUCAGAGCUCUUGGGAAUCGUCUACUCUGUGAGAGCAAUAGCAGAAUCCUACUAGUGUCCCAACAAUAGCAAGAAAAGGCUGCCAGCAGUAUGUUUUGUUUUAGUGUGAGUAUUUGUAUUUGUUUCUUGUACAAGGUGAACACAUAGCAUUCAGUGCAGUUCGAAUAAAAAAAAAAUACAAUCCCGACAUCCUAUCCCGUUUUGUCUUAAUGCCCUUUUUUCUCCAAAAGGAGGCGCUAUACAACUAUUUUACUUCAAAGAUGAGAAACCUGCGCGCGAGCCGCGACUUAAGAAUAAUUAAUGAUUAUGGCGCAGCCACAAGGAAGUUUUUCGAACUUUAAAGCAUCGUAAUAAAUAGCGUAUAACAACAUGCUCUUACACGGCAUCCCUGAAGUCCUCUUGGGGAUUUCUAGUUCUAAC